AUGAUCAAUAGCAAAGCCAAUGCAUUUCUUGUCUAUGGAGAAUCCUGGGCAAUUACGUGGCUAAGAUUUAUUCCAUUUGUAAUAGAUCCUGAAAACAAGGAAAUAGUAUUGUUUAGAAAGGUGUGGAUCACAACUGCACAGAUUGAUUUCAUGUUACAAGGGUUUCAAAUCAGCUGGGAUCUCCAGAUGUUCCAUGGGGCUCUUUCCUUCACCAUUCACUCAACAGCAGUUGAAGGUUUCAAGGAAUUUCUUCAGACUGUAAAUCCUCUUUCAGUCUCCAGAAAUGGGUUUCUGCAGGAUGUUUGGGAACAAUCAUUUGAUUGUUCAUUUCCAAAACCAGAAUUACAAGAAAUGGAUAGUAAUCCGUGCACUGGGCAGAAGAAGCUAGAAGAUCUUCCUUCGACUUUGUUUGAAAUGGAGAUGACUGGCCACAGCUAUAGUGUCUACAAUGCUGUUUAUUCUGUGGCUCAUGCUUUGCAAGCUCUCUACAUAUUAUAUUUCAAUAGGAAAAAAACUGUGAUUGGUAAGAAAGCUGACUAUCCAUAUCUUCAGGCUUGGCAGGUUCAUCCACUUUCUAGAUGUAAUGACCCUUGUUUCCCUGGAUCCUGGAAGAAAGGAAUUGAGGGGGAUCAGUUCUGCUGCUAUGACUGUGUUCCAUGCCCAGAAGGGAAGAUUUCAGAUCAGAAUGAUAUGGAAGAUUGUUUUGAAUGUUCAGAAGAUCAUUAUCCAAAUAAAGAAAAGAAAGGUUGUAUCCUGAAACUGGUGGUGUUUCUAACCUUUGAAGAAACUUUAGGAAUUGGUUUAGCCUCAGCAGCUCUUUGUUUCUUCUUCUUGACAUCUUGGGUACUUGGAACUUUUAUUAAGCACAGGGAUACUCCCAUUGUCAAAGCCAACAACCGGUCCCUCACCUACACCCUGCUUGUCUCUCUUCAGCUCUGUUUUCUCUCCUCUUUACUCUUUCUCAGCCAACCUGGCAAAGUAACCUGCCUUCUCCGACAAUCAAUGUUUGGCGUCACUUUCUCCGUGGCCAUUUCUAGUGUUCUGGCCAAAACCAUUACCGUGGUUGUGGCUUUCAUGGCCACUAAACCAGGAUCUCAGAUGAGAAGAUGGGUGGGGAAAAGAUUAGCUCUUUCUACUGUCCUUUCCUUCUCUCUCUUCCAGGUAUGUAUUUGCAUCCUUUGGUUGUCGACAUCUCCCCCAUUCCCUGAGUUGGACAUGCACUCAGCACUCCAAGAAAUGAUUUUACAGUGCAAUGAGGGGUCAGCCUCCUUCUUCUACUGUGUCUUGGGCUACAUGGGUAUCUUGGCCAUCGCCAGCUUUAUUGUGGCUUUCCUUGCCCGUAAAUUACCUGACAGCUUUAAUGAAGCCAAGUUCAUCACCUUCAGCAUGUUGGCCUUCUGCAGUGUGUGGAUCUCCUUCUUUCCAGCCUAUCUGAGCACAAAAGGAAAAGCCAUGGUAGCUGUGGAGGUCUUCUCCAUCUUGGCCUCUAGCGCUGCGUUACUGGGAUGCAUAUUUCUGCCAAAGUGGUACAUCAUUGUUUUCAGGCCUGAAUUAAAUCACAGAGAGAAACUCAUAAAGAGGAAUUAG